AUGGCUCCAAACUUUUACAGACCAGCCGACAUUGUCGCUGAAGCUGUCAUACCGCCAGAGACUGGCUCAAUCAUCUCGUCAGAAGCCAAAGAAGCAGCUCCUUCACAUGAUAGAAGAAACUCGGUAAGUCAUCAGGUUGCCGAGAUUAUUGGCGACAAUCGGCUAAUGGACGGCAUUUCCGUGAGGUCACCUACAUACAUGACUCAGUUUUUCAAUUCCUGGCGCUCCAGUCUUACCGACACUUUAGAAAAAGCUCGCAACACAAUCGAUGAAAAAUCGAGCAUAUACUAUAGCCAUGAAAGAAGACUUACUACCACGGUUGCGAAUUUGCAUUCGGAUCCCAGAGAAGAAUUACUGCCUGGUCUCACAUACUCUUUGGUCGCGGCCAUGUCAGGCUCAGUUCUAACAAAAAAUAAACACAUAUUUGCCAGAAUUGUUGCGCCUUUGGCGUUAGGAACCAUGUGUUUUUCGUACGUGCUGCCAGUCACCUCUUCCAAUACUUUUGACUUAAUGUUUGAUCUGGAACACAAAGCCUUCCCAAGGUUCGCUCAGGGUCAACUUACACUAUUUGCAAAUUGCAAGCAUGCUGUAAGGACGACAGUAGCAGCCAGCGAGGAGACGUCUAAAGCUAUCUCGGGAAGUCUCACCAAAGCUGCUCAUUUGAUUAAAGAAUGGACUGGGCUGAACGUGUAA